AUUGAAGUUUGUUUGUAGAGUGCAGUAGAGGCCGAACCGAGCGAUGGCAAUUGUAGCGUGCUACAACAACUCUUGAGCCACUUAGAUACGCGAACGGCUUAGCGGACGCACAAGCUAGUAAGACGACCACCAGCAACCGGCCUUAAUUGAUAUGACAUUCGAGAAAUAGGAAGAGUGUUGACGUCUAGUUCAGCGUACGCUAUUCACUUGUUCAUUAGCAAUUAACUCGCAGUAUUAUGAUAACAGUUUGUAAGUUAGCGACUUACUCCGCAAUAGUGAAAAUACAUCAAAUCUAUUGAUAAAUCUAGUGUAAUUGGGUUUGAGGUGUCAUACACAAUGAAUCGCAACCGAAUCUCCAUCUAUGACUAUCCCGAACAUCUCAAUCCUUUUUUCGAGGAUGAUUCGUUGGUUUGCCAAGCUGAGGAACAGGUGGGAGCGGAUGAUGGGAAAUGGAAGAACAGGAAAGAGAAGUAUGGAACUUGGGGAGCAGGUGCUCGCUACAAGAUAAGGCGAUCGUUUCUGGAAUCAAAGUGGAUUGAAACACUGAAUCUGAAUCCAGCCAAAAACAAAGUUACAAAAAAAUUGUUCUCAUUCAAAACGAAGACAAUUGACCGGUUUCAGAGAGAAAGAUCAAAAUCGAAUUCUUUUGAGCAUUGUGUUCAAAGACCGGAGAAGAAAGACUUAAAUGCACAAACUCAGAAGACUGUUCUUGGAAUAAAAGUUGUUGCACCACCCUUACCAGCUAGAAGACAUUUCAAUGUUACAGGAGCAUCAACUUCUAAUUAUGGUCAAUACAAGCCGGAUAAUACGAGAACUUCGGUCUACGAUUACCAAGGAGUGAAGCCGAAAUUGAGAAAGAAAAGAGCGGCACCCGUGCCCCCCGGAGCGCCCCUUGACCCGGAUACAGAGAACAAUCAGAGUUCCAAUCAAACAGACAUGCAUGAAAAUGGAGUCCAAUUGAACGAAAAUUGCAAAGUGAGUGUAUCUUCAGACAUAGGCCUACAUGAUCAUGGAGCCCAAUCGAGUGCAGAUAGCAAAGUGGAUGUACAUUCAGCAGCAAUACCUGAUAAUGGAAAUGGAGACCAACCAAAUGAAAAUAACAAAGGGAAUCCAUCUUCAGACUUGCAUGAUGACGGAAAUGAAAACCAGUUGAAUAGAGAGAUGGUUUCUUCAGAAAUAUCAACAAUCGAGACUGAAGUUAGAGAGCUGCCACGAAUUAUUAUUGAAAAUUGUGAAACACAUUCACAACCACUAGACGCUAAAGAAAACUUCCCAAAAUAAUUAUUAUUCAGAGUUAGAGAAAGUUAGUUACUAUUUACUAACACAACCUGUAGUUGAAAAAGUGUCUAAUUUAUUAUAAUAAAACUAAUUUCGUUCAAGUG